UCCUCUCCGCAGGGGGCAGUGUGUUACUUCGGCCGAGGCGGAAGAACAGGGGUGAAAGGUUGCUACCGUGAAGCCCUGCUGGAAGAAAAAAAACACGACUUGAGAGAAAUAUGAGUGAAAGUGAAGAUGUUACCGUUUCUUUACCUGACAGCAAAGCUUCAUACAUACUUAGCAAUGUUGCCGAAGUGGUUGAGCGAAUUCUGACGUUCGUGCCAACAAAAUCGCUUCUCCGGAUCGCAAGUGUGUGCAGGCUGUGGAGAAACUGUGCCCGAAGAGUGCUGAGGGCUCAGCAGCAUAUGACCUGGGUGUCGGCCUGUGGACCGUCUAACACAGAGGCCCAUGUCCUCUGCAGCGUCCUGGCUGAGGAGGUGGAGAAAGUGUUUCUCCUGCCCAAAACAGUUCUGGCAUUGGUAGACUGUGAGGCCUUCAAUGGACAAGCGUAUUGCUACAGACAGAAUAAAGCAAAAAAGAGUCGCCACAGUGCAGACACAGUUGAAGAACUGAGCCUGCUCUUCCCCAGUGGCUGUGACAUCAUGGGCAUCACCACACUAGGCGUAGUCUUGACUCCCAGUGGCUCUUACUCCAGCCUUCCUCAGGAGUACCAGGAGGGUGAGGCUGGCUUUACAAUCAUGUUCCCCAGCAUAGAAGGUGUCCACAUCAAGCCCUUUCAUUUUUGCAAAGAGUCCAUUUCCCCAACAGCCCUAAAAGAAGCAGGACUAGUUGACAACCCGGAGCUGCGUGUGGUACUGCUGUUUGUCUAUGAGGCAUAUAAAACUGGAGGAGCACACUUCCUCAGCCAGAUACUGGAGCCGCUGGCCAAGAGCAAAGCUCUCAUCGCUGGGGGGCUGGUAGAGAGUGUCUUUUCUCCUCCAAGACACUGUUGUAGCCAGGGUGCAUAUGGCGUGGUGGGCCUGGCCCUGAGUGGCCCUAAGGUGCAGGGGGCAUCUGUGCUCCUGGACCAGGACGUCAGCAACCCAAAGGCGGCCGAAGCCACAAUCCGGCGGCUAAAGGCAGCCAAAAUUCCCGAGAGGAACACCCUAGGGUUCAUGUUCGCCUGCGUGGGGAGAGGCCAGAACUACUAUAACAACCAGGCCAACGUAGAGGCAGACGCCUUUCACAAGGUGUUCCCUAACACCCCGCUCUUCGGCCUGUUUGGCAACGGUGAGAUUGGCUGCGACCGAAUCGUUAAAGACGACUACACGCUGUGUGACACUGACACGGACGGUCUGCAGCAUGAGUACACUACAGUCAUGACGCUGGUCCAUCUAGGCUGAGUGACCGACCCACAGUGACAGUGGACCAACAGGAGAAAAAGCAGU